AUGGUCUAUGAGGGUGUAGCUCACGUGCAGUCACCGCAUGGUAAGCAAGAGGUCCCCGACUCCGGUACCGCUAUUAUCGAUGCCCAUCUCUGCUCCGGAUACCAUUCGCCCCGCCCUCGGUUGUACCACCAACGCUCUGAUCCCAGCAGGCAAUCUGCAAUGGUACAGCAAGUGCUGCUUCUUAGAGAAGUUGCAGAUUGCUGUGGCAGCGUGAUUCACAGUAAAGCUCUUACCCCUCGUAGAAGCGUUGUCCCUAGAUUGCAACGAGGCACGCGCGUAGACAAAGCCCCCGAAAAGUGGCUAUUCACCUCUUUGCUCUCCUCUAACCCCCUGUACUCUACUGCCGGCUGUCAUCGACUGAGAUCUGUGACCAUGCUUGUCACGGCUCUUGUUGUCGCCGGCUUGGGCCUGCUACCUGUCCGCGCUUGGGACAAGCCUGUGUGGCAGAUCGACUCUCUUGGACUCUGCGGUCCUGCGCUGAAUGCCCACAAGAAGUGCGUCCCUGACAAGAUCACAACCCAACCCAUCCUAUGGAUCUGUAAGGCCGCACAAGGUACAUGGGAACCGACCGACGAGCUAUGCGAGAUGAAAAUACGCCAGGACGAUGAACACCAAACGGCCGACGGUGACUGGCACAUUGGCUGCGAUGAACCCGGCCACUGCGGCUACUACCAGGAUCACCCGAACAAACGCUCUAUUAAUCGCGGCCCCAACUCUUCAGCCCGUCUCAUUCCGGCACGCAUGUCCUCUCAGGAGUCUCUAGAUCCAGACUGGCUGAACAUACCGGACCGGGACGGUAUCGAUACGCGCUGCAGCCUUACCAGCAUCGAACUCGUCGAGAAGUUCAACGGCGAGCAUUGGGUUCACCACUACAAAUGUCCACCGGGUACCUCAUGCACUGAUAUCCUUGGUAGCGGUGCCUGCAGGGCUGGCCCGCACGAGUUCACCAUCCCUGGUCGAAGCUAUCUAUGGACUUUUGACUGUCCAGAUGCUCUAGAAGACCCGAGUUCUUGUCACUUUUCCGAUUCGAUGCACUCAUACGGUGCCCCGAAGCCAUACAAACCGUAUCUUACUGGGACAACACGCUGCAACCCAAAUGGACGAGCUGUUCAGUAUUUUGACGGUGAUGAAUGGAAGGAUGUCUACUCAUGCAAAGCAGAAGCCUCGUGCGUUGAACGCGAAGGCCGCGGUGGCUGCUUGGCUGGCCAAAGUCUGUCCUAUCCACUGAACACCCGGAAGUCUAUCCCAUCGCCGCCCGUGAAGCGCGACGACAUCACGUCCGCCGAAGCCAAUCGCGAUACUACCGUGUGCGACCCCGACAGUGACGGCAUAUGUUUCAUUGCGCUUGGCACGACAUACCACAAAUAUGUGAACGUGGUUUCAGAAGAUAAUCAGCCACCGACCCGCUGUCAUCCCAAGGAAGAUGGCCGUGUCCAAUUCUUCAGCGAAUGGUACCACAAAUGGGUCGCCUUUCACACGUGCGAAUACCCGAACGGCUGCCAUAAUUGGAUGGGAAAGGCUCAAUGCGAAGACGAAGACCAGAUCAUUGUCCCAUUCGUGGAGCUCCCCAACGGCGUAGAGGGCUGGCAUCCAAAUAAGGCCUCCGAUUGCGUGCCCAAGCCUGACGAUGUAUUGCCGCCAAUUCAACAGAAGAUUGCCCGGGCGGAGGGUACUGUACACACCCGGUGCGAGCCUCUAGAUGAUACCUCUAAAUUGGUCGAAUAUCUCCACCCCACAGCGCAACAGUGGCUUCGCUUCUACGAAUGCGGUGGGCGUUGCGUCCAAUUCCCUGAGUUUGCAGCUUGCGAAGAGUAUACCGACAAGUUUGUGAUCCCGAACCCACCAACGGAGAGCAUUACAAAGCGUGACGCUCUCCAAAAUCUGGAUUCUCGUCUUCUACGUCGCCAGGUACUCCAAAAUGCGAAAGCACCCGAUUUCCACACAAUCGAUACUCGCUGCAACCCUUUUGAUCUCAAUGAAGUGCAGCGUUAUAAUGGAACACAUUGGAUCCACCAUUACCAAUGUACCUUCCUGGGAUCUUGUAUUGAUGUUGACGGCCAUGGAGCGUGUCGCCUGCAGGACAACGUCUACGAAUUGCCUUCAGCCAACCGCACCUCGGUCAAACAUGGUGAAGGUGAAAACCCGCUUAGGGUCAAGACACGUUGCAAUAAGUCGAAUGCGACCGAAGUUCUCGAAUGGCAAGGUCAUUCUUGGGAGCCGCAAAGUGUUUGUCUUCCGCCGUUCGAAUGUUUUGACUUCGACGGCAGAACGGACUUCGCUCUUUGUGUGCACAAUGAUGCGCAGUACCGGAGGAUGUGGCUUCCCUGGCCUGCCUUGAGCCGCAGUAUAAAUAGCGGACAGGUUACGCGCUGCAAAGACCAGGAAAGAAUGGAGCAGUUCAAAGACAACGCUUGGGUUCCAUACAGGAGGUGCAACGGAAUGUUCAAGUGUCAAGAUGUUGAAGGUGGUCCGAAUGGUGGUUGUGCAGCACCCAGUCUCUACGACAUCUUGACCCAGCCUCGCAUUGAUAUCUUUAGAGACCCUGCCAGCCGAGUAGCAGCUCCUCAGCUUCCCAAGCGUGGAGGGAUCGAUGAUAGCUUGCUGAAGUACAGCGAGAUGCCGACAGAACAAGGCAAAAUCUUAAUCAGCGAAGGCGAGGACCUUACGGAACAGAGCAAUCCUGUUCUUGAGACUUUCUUCGGCCCCCGAGACAAAGCCGCUUCUAUCGAAGAUUUCGCUGCGAUGGAUAACCACAACUCUGACAUCCACUCCUCCUCUUUGAACGCAAAGAAGCCUCGAGCAACCGUUGUGUCCGACGCUGCUGGAAACCGCGCAAUCCGUCGUCGAAAUACUGGCGGAUUGAUUGAUGAGAGUGUUGGCAUGCACAAACAAGGCGCACACCUUAUUGAAAAAGGCAAUAAACUCGUCAACCAGGGAGGCGGCUUUUGA